UAUAUCUGCUUGGUACGGACUGCUGAAACUUCUGAGAUAGGGAGACGGGUAGAUCCUUUUUAGUUGGUCCCAGAUAGUGGAUUCAAUUCACGCUUUCUUUUCUUUCUUUGCUUUUUUGCCCUCAUUUUUCUCCUCCUCCUCCUCCUCCUCCUCCCCUGGUUUCGUGUUACAAAGCCCAGGGAGGGAGUUGCGCGGAGAGCCAGUUCUUCUGUGUGAAAAACUGAAUGACAGGAUCAUAUGGCUUGAUAUGCCUUAUAGUCCAAACAAUUUUUUAAAAAACCAUAGAGGACACAACAGGAGACAGAAAGAGAGAGAAACUGCGAGCGAAAUCAUCAGAAAUUGAUGAGGAUGUGGAAUAAUUUAUAACUCAAAUUCAAACACAAACGUGAGAUAACGGAGAAAGGAGAGAGAGGCAGAAACGGAUACUGGCUCCAGUCGUCAGAGGAAGACAGAGAGGGGGAAAGCGCAGGGCGCAUUGCCUGUGAUCAUCACCGCCGUCACCGUAAUAAUAAGCCCAAUGUGACCUUCAUGUGUGACGUCGGUCUCUAGUCAACAUUCACAAGGAAGACAAAGCAGAGCAAAAAAAAUUUUUGAAGUAGAGAUUAAGACGAAAGCACACGGACGCGCGAGGGAGGAGAAGAAAAACAAGCAGGCUGCCAGGAACUGGGCUGUUCUCUCGAGUUGCUCUGAUCAACUGAUUGAUCCCUCGAUCCAUCACUCAGCACCACUUCCGACAAAUGGGAGCUCACAUAGGAGGUAUGGAGGGGACGAAGGUCUUGCUCCUGGUGUUUCUGGUUGGAUGGGAGAAAUCUCUGGGUCUCAACUGGAACCCAAUCCCACGCAAGACUGUUCGAUAUCAAGAUGUGCUGGACAGCAUGGCAAGGUUCAGCGUUCCUGGAGUGUUCAACUACAGCAUGCUGACUCUGUCUGACCACGAGAGGGUUUUGUACGUCGGCGCACGGGAAGCUUUGUUCGCCUUGGACCCCAACGACAUUAGCAGACAGCUACGACCACAGAUCGACUGGCCGGCUCCGCAGGAUAAGAAGAGGGAGUGUGCUGCCAAGGGCAAGAACAACCAGACCGAGUGUUUCAACUACAUCCGCUUCCUCCAGAGCUACAACCACACGCUUCUCUACACCUGCGGCACCUAUGCCUUCCAACCCAAAUGCACUUACGUGAAUGCAGAUUCUUUUACCCUCAACACUGCAGCCCUGGAAGAUGGGAAGGGAAAAUGCCCGUAUGACCCUGCCAAGGGCCACACUGGACUUAUAGUGGAUAAGGAGCUGUACUCAGCAACGCUCAACAACUUCCUGGGUACAGAGCCAGUGAUUCUGAGGAACCUGGGUCAACAGCAUUACAGCAUGAAGAGUGAAUACUUGCCUGCCUGGCUCAAUGAGCCUGACUUUGUGGGCUCAGCCCUGGUGAGGGAGAGCAGUGGCAGUAAAGAGGGCGACGAUGACAAGAUCUACUUCUUCUUUACCGAGCGAGCGAUGGAGCUGGACUGUGACACGGAGCCCAAUGUGGCCCGGGUGGCCCGCGUCUGCAAGGGUGAUCUGGGUGGUACCAGGACCCUGCAGAAGAAGUGGACCACCUUCCAGAAAGCCCGGCUGGAGUGCUCCCUCCCGGAGCGUCACGUCUACUUCAACAACCUGAGGGCCGUCUUCACCCUGCCGGGGCAGGACUGGAAGGGUACCACCUUCUACGGCAUCUUCCACGCCCAGUGGGGUGACGUGGACGUGUCAGCUGUGUGUCAGUAUCAGAUAAGUAACGUGAAGGAGGUGUUUAAAGGGUCCUACAAGGAGUACAGAGAGGCAUCGCAGAGGUGGGGACGCUACACGGGUACUGUCCCCACACCGCGGCCUGGAUCGUGUAUAACUAACUCAGACAGGGAGAACGGCUACAACAGCUCCCUGCAGCUGCCUGACGGCACACUCAACUUUGCCAAGAAGCACCCACUGAUGGAGGAUAAAGCUCUGGGCCGCCUCCUGCUGCUUACCAAGGGCGUCAACUUCACAAGGCUGGCAGUGGAUCGCGUUAGCGCCCUGGACCAGAGGCCGUACAACAUGCUCUUCAUCGGCACAGCGGAGGGCUGGCUGCAGAGGGUAGUGAUCCUGGGUUCAGAGGCACAUGUGAUAGAGGAGAUCCAGCUGUUUGAAACAGCCCAGCCAGUGGACAGCCUGACCAUCUCCCACGCCAAGAAGUACUUGUACAUCGGCUCUCGUUCUGAGGUUCUCCAGCUGCCCUUGGCCAACUGCAGCCGCUAUCAGUCUCAGCCAGACUGUCUGCUCGCCCGGGACCCCUACUGCGCUUGGGACAGCGAGGGUAGGGCCUGUGUCCGCAUCGACCUCCACCGAGGGUCCACCUCCUCCCUCUCACAGGACCUCAUGCUGGAGAGGUUCAACCGGGGAAAAGCCAAGUUUGAUAAGCCAGUUUCCAUCCCCAGCCCUGAGCACUCCCGUCUGAGGAAUGUAACAGUAGUGGUGGGAUCUGACAUGGUGCUGCCCUGCCAGUUGGUCUCCAACUUGGCUCAGCCUUUCUGGGUUCUCAACGAUCGUGAACUCCAGCUGGGUGAUCCAGAGGCAGGUGGGCCGCGCUUCGACCGGACCCUCAAAGCCCUCAUCAUCCCUGAAGCAGGCCAGAUGCAAGCAGGCCGUUAUAUCUGCUACUCUGAGGAGCAGGGAGUCAAGUUUCAGACAGAGCGCUACCAGGUGGCAGUGGUUGCCAGUGCUCCAGUCUUUAUGGAAGCCCGGGCCCCAGACAGCAGCAUGGGCCUCUUCUGGGUGCUGGUCAUCACCCUCGGAGCAGCGUGCCUGCUGCUUCUUGUAGCAGCUCUUUACCUGCGCAGGAGGCUGAAGCUGGCCCUGGGAAAGGGAGCUGACAUGAAGCCUCUCGAGAGCACUCUCGUCUACCCCAUCACCCUGCCUAAGGAGCCACCCACCUUUGUGCCCAGCAAGAUGCCCACUGAUGAAGAUCGCUUCUGGGAGACAGGCGCCAACUACUAUUACUCAGACGGCUCCCUGAAGAUCGUUCCCGGUCAUGCCCUGGGGCCCAGCAGCGUCAGCAGCACGGCGUCACCCAGCGCCAUACCCGGCCAGCCCAUCCACUCCCCCAGCCGUCUCAGCCUCACAAACAUCCGAGGCUCUGGUAGCAACGGCUACAUCCGCCUCAACCUGAGCACAGCAGGGGAGGAAAGGGCUAGCGGGACUGGUGCUGGGGGCGGCGGGCUGGGAGGCCUGGGCAUGGGUGGGAACGACUACUCCAGCCCCUUCAAGGAAGAGCUGAGACGCACUCUGCAGCAGAGAAGCGUGCUGCCCGAUGCAAACCCAGAGGAGUCGUCGGUCUAGGCCUCUCCUCCUCCGUCGCCGUUCCCCAAGUUGGAAAACGAAACAACCAACCUACCUCUGUCCUUUUGAGGAUGCCUGCUAAUUCUCUCUCUCUCUUUCAACAACAUGCUGUCGAUUCCCCGCGCCCUCUCUCUCGCUCUGCCAAUGCCUGUUUGGCUCACUGUAGACAUUUAUAGCACACAGCAUGUUAAAUAUACACACUCAUACACUGUGUUCAGCAACAUGAACUCUUCUAAUUACUGCAUUUCGGACAACGCAC